UCUUAGCUAGGGUAGUAUCCAGUAAAGUUCAUUGCCGUCUGCCUGAAUAUAGUGGGACUACGGCUACCGUUGGUUAAGAUUAAUCAUCUGGUUCACCGUACAAAUCGAAAAGCCCGGUCCCGAACUGCAGCGACUGAGGCAAUUGUAGGAGUCCUCGGGCAGCAGCUGAGGCAAAAAGGGAAUCUGGAGCCGGCAACCAACCCACUGGGGUGCAAAGGGGCAGGCCGGGCUAGUGGACGGCGGGGUCGGAGCUGUAGCAGUGAGAAUCGGGGGGAGCACCCAUUCUUGCUUCGUACCUACGGAGGGGAGGGAGUUAGAGACGCGCACAGAGGGGGCUCCUCUCCAUGCCCAAGCAGGAAGUGAGUACAAGGAAGGAGCCAGCGAAGACACAAGGAGGAGGAGGAGGACGAGGAGGAGGAGUUGGGGUGUUUUUAUCAGCCCGACCCGGGAAAGCCGAAGUUUCCAUACUACCUCUUCCCGGGAUUCCUUCCUUCCUCCUUUCGUCCCCCUUACCCCACGCCUUCCCAUUUCCCACCCGGCUCUCCAGCCCCAAGCUGGAACUGGUGCUCCUCCACCCCGCCUCCAUGGCUUCUGCCGAGGACCCUCUGCUUACAGAUCAUGCUACAAGAGAACCAGUAGAAGAUACAGAUCCUAGCACUUUAUCUUUUAAAAUGUCAGAAAAAUAUCCUGUUCAAGAUACAGGUCUCCCUAAAGAUAAAGAAUAUAAUUCAAUUACACUGAAAGUUCCACCAAGUUCUGACAUAAUGCAUCAGCGAGAAGAAAAUGGCUACCCCGACAGCACUGGAGAUCCACUUUCAGAUAUAAAGGACAACUCUUGCCAAGAAAAUUGCACAUGCUCCCUUUGCUCACUCCGGGCCCCCAACAUCAGUGACUUGCUCAAUGAUGAGGACUUGCUAGAUGUGAUCAGAAUAAAGUUGGAUCCAUGUCACCCAACAGUAAAAAACUGGAGGAAUUUUGCAAGCAAAUGGGGAAUGCACUAUGAUGAAUUGUGUUUUCUGGAACAAAAACAACAGAGUCCUACCUUGGAGUUCCUGCUCCGGAAUAGUCACAAAACUGUGGAUCAACUGAUUGAGCUCUGUAGGCUCUAUCAUAGAGUUGAUGUGGAAAAAGUCUUGAGGAGGUGGGUGGAAGAGGAAUGGCCAAAGAGGGGGCAUGGAGACUACCAUAAUCACUUUUAAAAGUUUUCUUCCUUUAUUUCAUUGGUUCUUUGGACAUUAAAAAUCACUAUAGCUCGGGAUGGAGGGGAGGACAGGACAUUGGUUUUUUUUUUGUUUGUUUAAGUGUUUACUUAAAAAAAGAUGAUGUUGUAUCCCCUAAGGAGAUUUGUAUUUGGUUUUUGGUUUUUGUUUGUUAUGUGUGUGUGUGCGUGUGUGUGUGUGUGUGUGUGUGUGUGUGUGUUUGCUUGCACUUCUGUAUUUUGAUACAAUAUCUGAAUCCAGAAUUUUAGGAAAGAUGAGCAGUCUUUAUACAGUAGCUAACCCCUAGAAGCAAAAUGCUUUUGUUUUUUCCACUGACUUUAAUGAACAACUCCCAGGACUCAAAGGUCUCGGUGACCCUAAAGGAAUCACAUACAAUGUCUGCCAGAUCAAUAGCAUUGAUUUCCAUUGCUUGGAGGCCAAAUACCAUUAAGUGAUUGCUCCAUUUUACCACUGUCAUGUCAUUAUCAUUUGUCCAUUACAAGAUGCUCCAAGGCCCAGUUACUAGGAUAUUGGUAUCAUUGUGAGUUUGCCUUAGUUCAUAUACCAGUCUUAUAUCAUUAAAUGCCAUCAUAUUCUUUCAGUGAUCUAAAGAUAGAUGUUAUUUGCCCAACUUUUCUAAGAAUUUUUUUUAAUACAAGUGAAUGAUAUAAAGUUUAGAGUAAAGCUAGAAGCAAGAACCUAGAUCUUGGUAAUUGAGCUCUAGAAGGAGAGUUUAACAUGAGUAGCCUUUAAAAUGUUUUCAUAUUAGCUAUCAAUUGUUUUAAAUUAACAUAACACUCAUUUCUGCCUCUUCCAUGUGAGAUUGAGAGUUUUGCCAGUGAAGAGUGUCAAGGCUUCAUUCAGCAAUAUAGAUCACCAACCUAGCAUUAAAACCUAGCACCUAUUCCAACAGCUAUUAAGAUAGGUUCCAGCAACACUACAAGAGCAUUUAGGUAAGAAGUUAAAACCUCCACAAGUGGGAGGGAGAAUCCAAGAAUCCAAUCAGUAAAUCAAUUUCUCAAAGACUUUUUUCAAUGUUCUGGCUUGUUGGUUUAGAAAAAAAUAUAGAAAUUGCAUUGAAUCUCUAUGGAUAGUACGGGAAGACUGCCCAGUUCCCCUAGCUAUUGUGUAUUCUUUAUUCCUUACCAGAAUAGAUGGCAUUACUUUUCACAGAAUGACAGAUCCUAAAAAUAAUUAAAGAUAUCAUUUUGUCACAGAGUCAGAGUCUCAGAGCCAAAAGGGAUUUGAAAGAUAACUUAGUCUCACCCCCUCAUUUUAGACAAAGAACUUUAAGUUUAGUUAGGUGCCCAUAUGAAAAUCAUGGAAACAUAGGCACAGUAGGAAGUCAAAUCCAUUUCCUCUGAUUUUUUCUAUUGUACUAUGCUACCUCCUACCUCUUCUUUUUACAAAUGAGAUAACUGAGACCCAAAAAAUGUUAGAUCAUUUGCCCAGUAUUAUAGAGUGUAUUAAUGGUAGAGGCAGAAAUUAAAUUCCAACUACUCUGGCUCCCAGUCCAAUGCUUUUCCCCAAUAUACUGCAUUAUCUUCUCCUCAGAACUAAUUAAUUAAUUAGGCAGUAGUAGUGUGUUGGUAUUUUUGGGGAGAUACUAGUUCAUUUUGUAAGUAUAAAUAUAAUAGACAGUAAAACUAUUCUUGAAGAGAGGAGGCACUCAACCUUCCCCUCUCAGAACUAGAUAAAUCCAACCAAAAAAGUAAACAAGAAGGAAGUUAAAGAGGUGAAAAGAAUUUUUUUUUUAAAUUGUAAUUUUUAGGGCAGUUCAAUCUGAUAUCUGGGAUUCAUCUCAGUCUAAAUCUCUAAUUUACAUAGGUAAAAUUAAAUGUUUUCAGUGAGAAUUAGGUACCCAGAGCCUUAGAGCUAACACUUUUUUCCUUUUCUUUUUUUGAAGUAUAGUGCCUUUCCACAUCAGUAAUGUUUAGAGGUAACUUAGGGGGAAAAAAUUUGCUAAACCACCAACACUCUUCCUGGGAAUGCUUUACAAUAGCUUCAUUUAGAACCUGAUACUACUCAUUUAAUCAACUCCACCACAAGAUGAACUUUAUCUUUAAAAUAAAAGAUACAAUAAAUGUUUUCUAAAAUUUCUGAUCCAUUCUUAAUUAUUCCCAACUAACUUUCUUCCCUGGUUAGAGUUACUACAAGUGUGAUUGAUAUCAUUUACAGUGAAAUGUCAUUUAAAAAAAAAUAGAUACUUUAGCAAGUUGUUAAAGAGAACCAAUAAAUUAUCAAUUUAAUUUUUAUUGAAUGUUAAUAGUGCAAUAAGCACCACACUGAACAUUUAGAUGAAGGUUACCCUCUGGGUGCCUGCUUAGCCUAAAUAUGUCUUUCUCGUGCUUUUUUCCUACAGUUUAUUGAAGGAAAAUGUAAUUAUAAUUGAUAUUCAUUGUAGACCUUGUAAGUAUAUAAAAUUAAUAUGGCAGUGAUUAUAUGAUGGUACAUAAAGAUGAACAGAGAUCAAGAUAGAUUCUCAUUACUUUUUAUAUUUCUUUAGCUGUCUUAAGGUCUUGGGUUUUCAGUGUAUACACAAUUUUCAACAUACUUCCAUCUCCUUUGUAAAAUAGCCACCCUUGCGCAUGGGCACAGGAAUUCCCUUUCUUCACCAUUUUCCCAGGAGGUUUCCUUCCCCUUCUUCCUCAUUACUGCAGACUCCAUGCUGCCAUGAACUCCCAUUUAGCCAACCCCAUUCCCAGGUUCUCACUUUGUCCUAGUGGCCAGAUCUGUAGUAGAUGAAUGGUCCCUACCCUUAGUCCUCAUCCACUGAUAUCCCAGAAUACAUAUUGCUAUCCCUUAGCCAUACCUAUAUCCAACCUUGCUAAAGCCACCAUUAGAGACUGGGAGUUGUGGGAGCCCUAAACCCAUAAAGAGGUUGAAUUUCUGUUGCUUUAUUAGGACUGCAGUUGGGAAUAAGGGGAGACGUGAUAUAAUUUUCCAUAAAAAUAUUACUAGUAAAUAAUUAGGUAUGACCCAAAUAGCACAGUAUUAUUAGUAUAAUAUAAUAAUUAGUAUAAUAAUAUUUAUGUACAUUAUAGGUAAUUGUGAGCUAGCAUGGGAAUACAUCAUAUGAAACAUCAUUUUCCUGGGAAAGUGUAUUCUCAGUUCUAAAAAAAAAUCUAUCUACAAAUUAACUUUUAUAAAUAUAAAUAGCCCAGUUAUGCAUUGGGUAUGAUCUGUAUUGUCAUUCUGUAGAUACACCAUAAAAUGGUCUGGUUUUUAUGUUGCAUAUCUAGGUUACCAUGUCUUUCUUAAGUUAGGCUAGACCCCUUAAGGAAUGACUCUGAGUUUAAAAGGAUGUAGACCAAAAGUUGUCCUUAUUUUUUCAUUUAGGAAUUAAGGGGAAUCCCACUGAAACCUAAGUGUGAUAUGGACCAUAGUACACAACCCACUCACUUGCAUCACUUUUUCCAAAGUAGGUGGAUCCCUGCCACUAACAACUUCCACUUUUUACAGCUUCCAUUUGCUAAUUUUGCCAGCUUGGCUACAAAAUGUGAAAGUUCUUGAUGUUUUCUUCCCCAUAACAAAUAUUGAAGUUGACAUCUUUUUACCAUUAUAUUGACUUUUUUUCUGCCCAUUUGUUCUGAAAUCUGGCACACUGAUCCCCUUGAGGCAAUGUUGACUAUAUUAGCUAGAGUCAGAAAUUAAACCCGUGUGCUUAUCAAAAGUUUACUGCCACAGGGAAAGUAAAUAUUAUGGAAGUUUUGCAUACCUAGAUCCAUGAGAUCAAAAAGUAGUUUGAGCUUACAAGUAAAUGUAGGAAAGUCAAAUAUGUGUGCUAAUCACAAAACUACUUAAUAAUUCUUUACAUUAGAUAAUCACUACAAUAUUCUAAAUAUCCUUGGGGAGGGUCCUAUGGACAAGGGGAAUCUCGGACUCAAAGGCAGUGUAAUGAAGAAGAAGACAGGGGAAAAAAGAAAUAACUUUGUAGAAAAUUAGUCAAAUCAUUCCUCAUUUUUAAAAAGUUGAAUACAAGUCCAGUCAUUUCAUUCUAAUGUUGUCCUCAGGGUCCAUCCAGGGUGACUACUUUAUGGGUUAAAUUCCCGUAGUAUUAGGUUGUUUUACUUCUUUAAUAAGUUAAAUUCCUAGCAUAUGGCCCAUAGCAGAUGCUUCUUAUACCAAAAUUUUCACUUUUAAGGUUCUAUAAUGAGAUUACAAUGUUAUUCAUGGGCCUCACAUUUUGUAAAUAGAUAAGUAACUAGUGUGACUUCCAUUUGACUGGAAUGUAUGACUUUUUCGUUAAUUUUGGGACUUCAAAAGUCAGUUGUCAUAUAGACUUAUCUUAUACCUAGGAAAAAGGAAAGAAAAGACAUCUGUCUUGUUUCCCUUCUCUCCCCUCAAAAAGAGGAUGAUCGUGGUGAUGUUUGCUUUAUUAAGACUCCAUUCUAUAGUAUACAAUUUUCCUUAUCCCCACUUAUUUAAGACAGUGCAUCAGACUGGUAUAUCUGAUGAGAAAGAAUCAUAAAAAUGGUGAGUCAAAGGCAACAACAACAACAAAAAAGCUGAGUUAAGCUUUUUGUUAAAUAAUGACUUUUGAUGUGAUAGUGCCCUCUGCUGGGAUUUAAAAGCCACAGAGUUAGAAUUCUGACUUGGCUGCUCAUUUAACUUUAUAGUGAUCAUAGAUUUAGAGCUGAAAGGGGUUUUAGAGAUAUUGUGGGCCAACUCCCUUAUUUAACAGCAUAAACCUACCCAUGCAGGUUUGGUAACUUACUCAAUGGGGAAAAGGUCUGUAACUCAACCCAGAAGUCUGUACCACCAGCAGCCACCUUUUUCUUAUUUCCUUGACUACCUUCUGUAAUUCCUACAGUUAUCUCCCAAUGAGUCCCAAGGAUACCUUUUGUAAUACAUCCAUAAAAUAAAAAGAGGGCAAGUAUAUUCCAUAUUUUACACAUGGACAAAUGGAGGAUCAAAGAACUCAAGGACAUGGUUGAACAUCUCACAGAGUCAGUGGACAAGUUCUGGUCCCACGAAUCUGAGGAAUAUGUAGCAAUCACUAGAUCAUCCUAACCUUUCUUAGUUUCAACAUGUGGCCCAUCUGCUCUAAUAGUGGUUGAGCCCAAAGUAAAAGAACCCAACGGCCACUGAUUAUAAAACCUUCAUUCUGGGUCUUAUUUCAUUAACGUUUCUCCCAGGUAGAUCCUGGGUCUGCCAUUUGGGGUAUUUCUUUUCUCAGGUAAAUGAAACUUAAUUUGACACAACCCACACAAUUAAAUGGUAUAGAAGCAAAGGGUGACUUUUCAUAUCAAAAGGCAAUAGAUCAGCAGUAGCACUAGUGUCUCAGACUCAUAUCUAGGAUGUAAUAUAAAAUGUGAUUUUUUUACAUUUAUAGAUGUUCUUAGUAGUUUACACAUAGCCAGUUCUUCUGCUCGCCUUUCCUCCAAGAGGAGUGAAGACAAGCCCUUUUCCAGUUUAUACUAAAAGCUACCGUCUCUGUGAAAAGAGUCUUUCCCAUCUGUCUGGCUACCAUCUUGUUCCUCCACUCUCCCUCUAUUUAGUUCUCAUUGAUCUUGAUGAUAUAAACUUGAAAUUUUUCUGAUUUCAGGCAUCAAUAUCUUUUAUAUAUGCACUACAGCCUCCUCCCUUGGUAGUUUUUUUGUCUGUUUGCUUAGGGAUUUAUUGAACUACUUUUCAUUUAACAAAGGGUCAUUUUUAAUAAAUGGGAUUCUUUGGCAUAUGGUCUAAUAGCAACAUAAUUUUCCCCAUUUUUGUAACCAGAAAACACACACACAUACACAUGUGCAUGCAUCAAGAUUCUAAAAACCACCCUUCAAGCAUGUUCUGUCUGUGGCUCUACUUUGUAAAAAUGUACCACGUGUGGCACAAUGGAUCUUGUUCUUGCUGUAUUCCUAUGUUGAUAGGGUUGUUGCCAGAAUUUGUUUUCAAUGUCCUUAGGCUGCUCUGAGCUUUCCUGGCUGGAACUGAAUGGCUGUGGUGAUGAAAUCAGCCCCAGCAGAACAGGUCCCUAUUUUCUACCUGUGCAUACGAUGGAUGCUAAUAGACCUUUUCUCUGUUGUUUGUGGCCAUACUUGGAUCCAAAAGAACAGAAUCUAUAUUUGGAAAUGUACAACCUACAAUCAAAGACCAGAAUUUUGAUCAACUAAAUGAGUGAUUCAGAAGGGGGCUAUUUUAUCUCAACUUCCUGAGCUGAGCCAGGUUUUCUUUUUUAAGAUCUUCCUAUAAAAAACCAACAACAACACAUUGCAACCUCUGGACCACAGUUUACUCCUUUUAACUUGACAAGCACCCUCUGAAACUUCAUGGAGGAUAUUUCUUCAGUGGACAAGGAAGAUUUUAGCUUCUGAACCAUGGGCACUCUUUGUGGUAUUCUCCUGUUCUGGGUCUUGGCACUGUACUUUUUGACGUGUUUUGUAUAUGAGGCUUCAUCGUGGCUUUCCUAUGUCAUUUUUCUUACAAAUAAAGACUUUUUUA